GAGUGGGGGCGGGGCAUAGGAAUGAAGGAUGUUCUGAGCCAACCGGGAAAACCGACUGCUUGAGGGGCGGAGCCACGCCGGGUGAUUGACGUUGAGGCCCAACUAGGGAGAGGCGGGGCCAAGGCCGGGGCCUGACUAAACCUAGCGACUAGGGUGGCCGAGGGGCUUCAUUCCUGCUGCGGAGGGAAAGGCUGCAGGCAGCUGCGAAUCUCGCCUGCGAAUCUCAAAGCCACUUGCGGUCUCCUUGACAGAUGGAAAACCUGAAGUAACCUCAGGCUAACCUUGUGUUUUUGGAAAAUUAGACUUGCUGGUGUUUAAAAAACUUCAACUAUAAAAAUGGGCAGAAUUUUCCUUGAUCAUAUUGGUGGUACUCGUCUGUUUUCUUGUGCAAACUGCGAUACGAUUCUGACCAACCGCUCAGAACUCAUCUCCACUCGAUUCACAGGCGCCACUGGCAGAGCAUUUCUUUUUAACAAGGUAGUUAACCUGCAGUACAGUGAAGUUCAAGAUCGGGUUAUGCUCACUGGCCGCCACAUGGUUCGAGAUGUGAGCUGUAAAAACUGCAAUAGCAAACUGGGAUGGAUCUAUGAGUUUGCCACUGAAGACAGCCAGCGUUAUAAGGAAGGCCGUGUGAUCCUGGAACGCGCUCUAGUUCGGGAGAGUGAGGGUUUCGAGGAGCAUGUACCAUCCGAUAACUCUUGAAGAAAACGAGAUAACUUCACCUUUUCCCAGGUCUCCUUCACUGAAAACAAAAAUCUACUUACAUACACUGUCACCUUAGCAUCAGAGUCGGAUUCACGAACUGCGGAACAAGAGGUUAUGAGAAUCUAAGAUGGAACCUUUCUUUCUUUCUUUCUUUUUUUCUGUUUUCCAUCCAACAACAGUGUGUAGAGAGAAUGUUAUGCAGAUGCUGUUAAUUUUUCCCCGUACUUUUACAUCUCAAGGCAGAAUAGUCUUAUCUGCAGCUACAUGGUGGGUGGACUACGUGAGGAAAAAAAUCUGGGCAGUUAGAGUGGCAAAGUGUUUUAUGUAAAUUUUGAAAGAAAAAUGUGUCAAGAGCAUGGUUUUUAAACUUAUUUGGGCUUCAUUUUAAAGAAAAAUUUUUUUAACCCAGUUAUUUCACUUGAUUUGCUAGUUUCAGAGAAGAGAUCCGAAUUUGUGACCAGUGCUAAAGGUUCAGUGUUAGUGUGGCUUGUGCUGGCCGUUGUGCCAUUUUCUUGUUGGAGAUGAACCGUAGCACCAGAGCCCAUUCUUCCUUGUCAGUCUUGACCCAGAGACGUCACCACUCCUGGUUAUUUGUCACCAUGUAAUUGGUGUUGAUGGGAAACUUUCCUGAAAUGGGGCAGAACUGCUUGGUUGUCCUUUCCAUGUAACUUAAGCAUAGUAAUAUAAAUAAAGUAAUAGUUGAA